AUGUCACGGGAGGCUGCACCGUGUUGCAGUGAUGUACGGCCCGCGCGUGCAGAGUGUACGCCAUGCAUGUUCUCCUGUCCGGGUAGCCUCUCGGAUCCUAAGGACAUUAGCGGUAGAAAGUUUAAGGAUGAUGGAUGGGAGGAAAUUGCCGUACACGCCUCGGAAGUUAUCAAAGAUCAGGAUUGAACCGAAGGACCAAGGAAAUCUGACAAUGGCUGGAUGGCCCAGAUAAGGCUACCCUUAAAGCGACCGUCGAACCCACGCACCCUCAGGGGUCAUGACACCAAACCCAUUUUGGGAGCAAGCUCUCACUGGCGUUAUGGCCUAUAUAGCAACUUCAUGAAUUAA